AUGACCACUGCAGGUGACAUUGGUUCUUUUACAGCAUGGGACUAUGUCGUUUUUGCCCUCAUGCUCCUCAUCUCUGCUAUUAUUGGGAUUUACUAUGCAUUUGCUGGUGGUGGACAGAAAACCUCAAAAGAUUUCCUAAUGGGUGGCAGGAGUAUGACUGGAGUCCCAGUGGCUCUUUCUCUUACUGCCAGCUUCAUGUCUGCAGUUACAGUGUUGGGUACCCCAGCAGAGAUAUACCGGUUUGGUGCCAUGUUCAGCAUAUUCGCUAUAGUUUACACCCUUGUUGUGGUGAUCACAUCUGAAGUAUAUCUGCCAGUGUUCUACAGACUGGGCAUCACCAGCACCUAUGAGUACCUUGAGCUCAGAUUUAACAGAUGUGUACGACUGAUUGGCACAUUGUUGUUCAUCAUCCAAACGGUUCUUUACACUGGAAUUGUAAUUUAUGCUCCAGCUCUGGCGCUGAAUCAAGUGACUGGGUUUGAUUUGUGGGGAGCUGUCGUGGCCACAGGAGUGGUCUGUACCUUCUACUGUACUCUGGGUGGUCUUAAGGCAGUUGUAUGGACAGAUGUAUUCCAGGUUGGAAUCAUGGUUGCAGGAUUUUCAUCUAUAAUUAUUCAAGCUGUUGUAGUCCAAGGUGGGAUUGGCCCCAUUUUGAAUGACUCAUAUCAUGGAGACAGGCUAAAUUUCUGGGAUUUCAACCCCAAUCCACUGCAGCGGCAUUCCUUUUGGACACUUGUAGUUGGUGGAACAUUUUUGUGGGUUGGAAUCUAUGGUGUCAAUCAGUCACAAGUACAGAGAUACAUUGCUUGUAAAACCAGAUUCCAUGCUAAAAUGUCCUUGUAUGUGAAUCUGUUAGGACUCUGGGCUAUUCUUUCCUGUGCGGUACUUUGUGGACUGGCUAUGUAUUCUGUAUAUAAGGACUGUGACCCCUGGACUGCCAAAUUAGUAUCAGCCCCUGACCAGCUGAUGCCUUACCUAGCUCUUGACAUUUUGCGGGAUUAUCCAGGACUUCCCGGAUUGUUUGUGGCAUGUGCAUACAGUGGGACCUUAAGCACUGUGUCAUCCAGUAUUAAUGCUUUGGCAGCUGUUACAGUAGAAGACCUUGUGAAACCUUAUUUCCCAUCUCUCAGCGAGACCAAACUGUCAUGGAUUUCCAAAGGAACAAGUUUCUUGUAUGGUGCUGUAUGUAUUGCAAUGGCUGGUUUGGCAUCCGUGUUAGGAGGCUUAUUACAGGCAGCACUCUCCAUUUUUGGAAUGGUUGGUGGUCCACUGCUGGGGCUUUUUACUUUAGGAAUCCUCUUUCCAUUUGCAAACUCAUUGGGUGCCGUGGUUGGCCUCCUAGCAGGGUUUGCAGUUUCAUUGUGGGUUGGGAUUGGAUCUCUGAUUUAUCCCACUCUUCCUAUAAGAAGUUUACCUAAAUACCUGUCUGUAGAGGGCUGUAAUUUUAGUACCGCAGAUACCAACUGGACCUUAACAACAGCACCUCCUACAGUAACAGACUUAAUGAUAGAAGCACAAGUGGCUGACAGACCUGCACUGGCUGAUGACUGGUACUCAUUGUCCUAUCUAUACUUCAGUACCAUCGGUACAAUCAUUGCUGUUAUUGUUGGAAUAAUAGUAAGCCUGUUAUCUGGAGGUUUAAAACAAAAUGUAAAUCGGGAUUUCCUCUUAACAUCUCAAGACUUUGCAUAUCUUAAAGUACUGCUUCCUUCCAGCUGGGGCAAAGAAAAUGAAAAAGUAGAAGUGCUGAACUGGAAGAAUCGGGACAGUGAUCCAUGUCCAGAUAAAGGGACAGAUAAUCCUGCUUUUAGUCACAUGGAAAUGUACAGCACAGAAAAGAAUGAAAAACUUAAUGGAAUUAACCCAUGA